GAACGUAGCAGGGUCAUGAGGAAGAGGCGGCGGCGGGAGGCAGCCGGAGGCGGCGGCGGCGCGAAUCUCCGGUAGCUGCCCGCUGGGCCGGUUCGUGGCUUCGUGGGAAGGCGUAGCUCCUUUCCCCUCUCGCGCCGCGGCCGGGGCUCGGGGCUGAGAGCGGCCGUGGGCCGCCUCCCCGGGCCCCCUGGCUCCGCCAUGUUCCGCCGGGCACGCCUGAGCGUGAAGCCGAAUGUCAGGCCUGGUGUGGGCGCUAGGUGCUCCGCCGCCGGCCCUGCCCAGCGUGGACGGGAGGCUCCCAGGCCGCCGGAGCCCGCAGCGGCCGCCGACCCCAAGCCGGCGGAGAUCACGGAUGUGCCCCCGGUGGAUUGCGGGGCCGCAAAGCCGCCAGAAGAGGCUCCCAGGAGCAGUAAUGAAAAGACUGAUGGUAAGAAUGAUGUUGAAGAAUCCAGUAAAUCUUCCUCUGCUGUUUCACAGAGAAGAAAGCGAAUAUCAAGUACUCCUACUCUGGUUAAGCCUAGUGUCAGUGUUCCUUCAGAGCCUCAUCCCUUAUCUACAGUUAAUCAAGAAGAUCCACAGCCACACCCAAUACCAACAAAAGAGAAACAGCCAUGCUCCGACAGAUACCGAAUAUAUAAAGCCCAGAAACUGAGAGAAAUGUUAAAAGAAGAAUUAAGAAAAGAGAAGAAACAGUGGAAAAACAAAUAUGCCAUAAAUGAAAGUCAGAGACCACCAGAUCGUUCAAAAAUGACUAUGAGAGAUUUCAUAUAUUACUUGCCAGAUAGCAAUCCAAUGACUUCCUCACUGGAGCAAGAAAAGAAAACUGAAAAGUCAUUGACACCAGUUCAGACAAGAGAGCAAGAAGAUAAGAGUACACCUGAUGUUGAAGAUAAUGAAGAACUGGAAGAAGAGAUGGAUGAUGGUCCAUUGCUGGUUCCCCGAGUAAAAGUGGCAGAAGAUGGUUCUAUAAUUUUGGAUGAAGAAAGUUUAACUGUAGAAGUUUUAAGGACCAAAGGCCCCUGUGUUGUUGAGGAAAAUGACCCCAUAUUUGAGCGUGGUUCUACAACUACGUAUUCCAGCUUUAGGAAAAACUAUUAUUCUAAACCAUGGUCAAAUAAAGAAACAGAUAUGUUUUUUUUAGCCAUCAGCAUGGUAGGAACUGACUUUUCUAUGAUUGGACAACUUUUUCCUCACAGAGGAAGGAUAGAAAUUAAGAAUAAAUUUAAACGUGAAGAGAAAACAAAUGGAUGGAGAAUAGACAAAGCAUUCCAGGAAAAGCGCCCUUUUGACUUCGAUUUUUUUGCUCAUUUGCUUCAGAAAGUUCUUGCUGAAGAAGAGAAAAGAAAACAAAAAUCCCUUAAAAAUCAGAGUUUAAGGGAGAAGAAAUCCUCUAAACCACGGAAAAAUGUAAAAGUGAAAAAAGUUGCCAGUGAAGGAGUGACUGAUAAUCCAGAUGAGUCUGUGAGUGCUACAAUUUCAGACACAGAAGAGUCUCAAAAGGAUGCUCAGACAGUUCAAGAAGAACUGCAGUCUCUGACUUUAUCAGGACAGGAUUCAGAACAGAUUGCAUUAGAAGCAGACCUAAAUCUAGAGAAAAGAAGGAAAAAUCAAGAUGAAGUUGGUAAACAAGAAGUAAAAAAUCUUUCAGGAAAUGCCACUGUUCAGCCAGGACCUUCUAAAGGAGAAAAACAGAAAGAUAAAUGUCCAUUUUUAAGGCCUGAGAGAAAUGAAGAUGAAGGUAAUAAGGAACAGAAGCUUUCCUGUGUACAGACCUUCAAUGAAGUUGAGGAUUUAUCCUCCAGGGAUGAAGUUGUGAAUAAAACUGACCCACUUCUUUCAUUAAGUAGUCAACAGGAUGCUACAUCAGUAACAACUGGGGCUUCAGAAUCAAUCACUUCAGAUUUGCAUUCAUCAGAAGUUGGAAUUAGAGUCUUAUGUGAGGUGAAUAAUGCUGAGAGUAGUUGUACAGAAGAAAGAAAUGUUGAACUAAAAAAUACAUCACUGGAAACUGAUCAAGCAGAAAAUGUUCAACCUAUGGUAAGAGGACGAUUCCAGAGACCUAAACCCAAUUUAUCAAGGGCUGUUGGGAAGAAACCAAUUCUUUCACAAGGUAAAACAGAUGCCAAGAGCAAGAAUUUACAUCCAGAAGCUUCAGUUGAAAAGACUCACGUGGAAAAGGAUAAAAUGAAUUCAUUUGACAUUUCUGGAAUGGAGAAUACAGCGAGAGAGAACUCAGAAGCUGAUACUGUAUCUAAUUUGAGUGAAAAAAUGAAUCUGCAGGAAGAUAAUCAACCAAAGGCUUUCAGACCUGCACGACUGAGGGCCCGAUUACAAAGGCCAAAGCCAAAUGUAGUUAAAGCUGCUGAAAGAAAAGAAAUCCUUGCAUCACAGGAAGAAAUUGGGGCCAAUGUAGAAAAGAAUGAAAAUGAAUCCUGUGUUGAUAUAAAUACUCCUCAACAAACAGAAGAUCAGUCAUGUGACAUCACCUCACAAUCUGAAAAAAAAGAUACUUCUUUUCAAAAUGUGCAACCAGAUGAGCCCAAGUCUCUUAAUGAAUGUCCAAGUAUUCAAGAGGAUAAUGAAGCAAAUAUACUCAAACAAGUUCCAGCUCUAAAGAAUCGAUUUCAGAAACCAAAGCCAAAUAUAGGAAGAAGAACUGGAAGAAGAGACAUUUCCUCAAAGGAAGAGGUGCCAGAGGAGAUUGUUGUUUCGGGGAAAAAGACAGCAGCAAGACUAGAAACCUCGCCAAAGGAGAAGGUACCAGUGGAGGCUAGCACUACAAAGGAAACUGAGUCAAAGUUAAAAGAAACUGGGAGAAGAGACAUCUCUCUCAGGGAGAAGAAACCAGAAAUGACUGACUUCACUGUGGAAACGGAGACAGAUUUGAAAGAAACUGGAAGAGAGAUUUCUCCAAGGGAGAAGAUUCUAGAGGUGACUGGUGCCAUUGAGGAAAGAGAGGCGGAUUUAGAAGAAACAGAGAAGAGAGAAAUAUCCACACAGGAAAAGGGCCCAGAGGUCUACACUGUAGGGGAAGAGGAGGCAGGUUUGAAAGAACCUGGAAGGGAGAUUUCUCCAAGGGAAGAGAUACCAGAGGUAACUAUGACUAAUGUCACUGAGGAAAGAGAGACGGACUUGGAAGAAACCAGGAGAAGAGAAAUAUCCACACAGGAAAAGGCCCCAGAGGUCUACACUGUAGGGGAAGUGGGGACAGAUUUGAAUGAAACUGGAAUGGUGAUUUCUCCAAGGGAGGAGAUACCAGAGGUAACUAUGACUAAUGCCAAUGAGGAAAGAGAGUUGGAUUUGGAAGAAACAGAGAAAAGAGAAAUAUCCACACAGGAAAAGGCCCCAGAGGUCAACACUGUAGGGGAAGCAGAGGCAGGUUUGAAAGAACCUGGAAGGAAGAUUUCUCCAAGGAAAGAGAUACCGGAGGUGACUAUGACUAACACCGCUGCGGAAAGAGAGACAGAUUUGAAAGAAACCAGAAGAAGAGAAAUACCUACACAGGAAAAGGCCCAAGAGGACAGAAUUAUAGGAGAAGUGGAGGCAGAUUUGAAAGAAAUUGGAAAAGAAACUUUCUCAAAGGAAAAGGUAUUAGUGGGGAUCAGUGCCAUAGGGAAAAGGGAGAUUAACUUGAAAGAAACUGGAAAAAGAGACAUUUCUCUGAUGGAAAGGAUGGCUGUCUUUAAGGUAACAGAGGCAGAUUUGAAAGAAACUGGAAGACAAAUUUCCUUGAGGAAAAUUGGAUCAGAAGAGAUCAGUGCUACAGAAGAAAUGGUGGCAGGUUUGGAUAAAACUGAAAAAAUAGGUAUUUCUCUAAGGGAAAACGAGCCAGAAGUGACUGGGACCUCACUACAAACUGAGACAGAUUUAAUGCAGAGCAGAAGUGCUGAUUGCAGUGCUGUGCCUUCACUAAAUAUCAAAAACAUUAGCAGUGAAGUCCUAUCUGUGGUGCAUACACCUGUAGAGGAAAAGGGAAAUUCUGAAAAGGAAGUGUCCAGCCAGUUGAGUCAUUGGAAGACUUCUUUGAAGACUUCUGAACUUGCUAAAACAGAAGACCAGGGGACACCAUGUGCAGAUGUUCCAGAGCAAUUUUCAGAUAUUAAUUCAAGCAAAUCUCUUCCUCAAGAACAGAAGCCAUUUAAACCAGCACCUUUUAUGAGAAGUCGAUUCAAAAGACCAAAACCAAACUUAUCAAGAGCAGCUUUAAAAAGAGAGACUAUGGAAGCAGAAAAACAUGUACCUGGGAAGAAAUUGGAAGUGGAUAAAAUUGAGACUAUUAUGAUACAACAGGAUGGUGAACAAAUGAACAUUCUCCCUUCUCAAUAUGAUCUGUCUUCCCUGAUGACAUCAAGAGAAAAAGACAAAUCAGAUCACAGGCAAGAGGAGGCUGGGAUGUUACCAUGUGAACUGACAGAAAAGAACCUUUCACCUUCAAGUUUUUGUGAAUCUGAAGAGGUCUCUCAGUCUACACAAGCCCAGGAAAAGGAAUUACUUAUUUCUAUGGGGACUCAUAAUAAUAUAAACACUUUUCAACAAGAAAAAAAGGAAAGUAUUAUCCAUUCUACUCGACCAGUUAGGGGCCGCCUUCAGAGACCUAGACCAAACAUAAAAAAGGCUUUACAGAGGCAAAUGGUAGAAAAAGGUGAAGCCAAAGGCAUAGUUGAAGAAGAAAGGACAAAAUUACAAAAAGAUGAAACUAAAAAGAAAUUCCUGAGUGUGCCAAAUUAUCAAAUUGGAACUGAAAUUGAAGUUAUAUCCUCCAAAGUUUCUGAAGGAAGAAUGUAUGAAAAUCAGAGUCAUGCGGCUCUUCUAGAAAACCUUCAUGUUAACAAAGUUGAUGUUUUAGAUAAAAAGAUGAGCCCAGCACAAUUGAUAAGAAGGCAGUUCCAAAGCCCUGAGCCAAAUUUGGGAAGAGCACAUGAUAAGAAAGAGGAAAGAGUUAUAGAAAAAGACAGAGCAGAUCUGGAUGAGGCCUGGAAGCCAGAAGAUAAUUUGCUGCAGCAAGGAGAUUCUGACACCCAGCUCCUUCAGAAAGAAAAAGCUGAGCUUCUGACAUCUCUGGAGGUUUCAGCAAGAAAAGAUUGUGUAGGUUCCGAAGAGGCUGGUUUGGCCAAGAAAGAUCUUCAGUCAGAAGUUGAACCAUCAGGAAGUGUUGGACAGAAAACUGUAGGGGAUAAUUCUGUGUCUUCAGUUGUUGAAGAGCAGCAUCUCAGUAAAUUAGCAAGCCAUUCACAACUGUUAAAAGAAUCAAAUUACUCUAAAAUUGCUCUCAAUCAAAGAACAGCUAUCUCUUCUGCCUCUGGAUAUGAGAUGGAUCAUACUGAAAGGAGAAUGCAUCGAAAGAUCAAACCAACUGUGAGCAAAGGGCGUGGAUCAAAACGAAUUCGGAGUAAGACUUCUAAGAAGGAACCUAGAGCUCCCAAGGCCAUGCUGGUGACUCUUCGGGCUUCCCAGGAAGAGGAUGAAGAUGAUGUUGAAGAUUUUGAAUCUGCCUAUGAAGAAGAAAGCUAUCAUCUUGCUCCAGAAGAAAUAAACAAAGCUCCAGUGUUUGUACCUGUUGGUCUCAGAUCUCCUGAACCUGUUUCUACUCAUAUUGAGGAAACGAUGGAAGAGCUUGAAAUAACCGUGAAUGUCCCAGAUAUUGGAUUCAUAACUGUUGAUGAACAUCAGCUCUCAAACACAGAUGUGACCACUCAGGAAAUGAAACAAGAAGAAAACUUGAAUGUAUUAUCAGUUGAAAUGACCACAGGUGAACAUACCCAAGAUGAAACAGAAACCAACGAUGGAAGCACUGAAGCUGCCAUUACUUUACUUACAAUGGGAGAUCUAGUGUUGCAGUCAGAGAUCAGUACAGAGCAGAGUGAUGGAAUAUGUGUACUUCCUGGUGUUCAUUCAAAGGAUAAAAGCCAUAUUCCUUUUAACCCAGAUAAUGUCAGUGACAAAAUUGUUUAUGAAUGUCAGGAGCUUUCUUCACCUGUCAAUAGUGUACCUCUUUCAUCAUUAGAAGAAAACAAGAUUGAAUUGGAGGAACAAAGUACUAAAGAAGAAAUUGGUUUAAUGGAGAAAGUAAAGGAAAACGCUAGAUCAACCAGGAAUACAACUUCAGAGGUGACCAGUAAUCUCAGAAUGAGAAGGAGAUUUGCCAAGCCUAAGCCAAAUCUUAGGAAGAUUUUAGGGACCAACAGAUUUGGUGCUCAUCAGGAAGUUCCCAGUUUGCUUGUAACCAAAGGAGAAGUGGAAAUUCAAAGAGAAACGGAGAAAAAUACUCCUAAAGCAACGGGAUUAGAAGAUAAAAACCUUGAAUCAGAAACAAUAGCAGAGAAUAAGGAGCAGAGCAGGUUGGCACAUGACCAUGGUAUUGAAGAGACCAGUAUUUUGCAGGAAGCAAGCCUAAAGGAAAGAAAGGAAGAUCAAGCGCAGGGAUCUCAAGAAGUUCAGAUAUUGUCAUUUACUCCAGUUGUUUCCUCUGAGACAAGCUCCCACACACUUGGUUUGGGUAGGGGUCUUAGUGAGAGUUCUGUUGGAGAGCCCCUGGGAAAGGACUCAAGUGGAGACAAUGUGCUUACACCUUAUGUGCCAGAGUGUAUACCAACUAGUACUCCAGAAGUCCAACAAGAGAAUGUAAGCAAUCCUCAGGAUUUAGCAGUCAAUCUAGUUGGUAACGUACAUCAUGAUGCUGAGGAAGAGCAAGCAUUCAUUUUAACUCUGGUGGAAAUUCCAACCGAUUCAGUAGAAGAAUUUACUGAAAACUCUACACAGUUAAUGCCAAACCCUUUACUGCCAGCGCCCAUAUUGGUCAAAUCAGUGACUUCAGAAGAAAAGAGCAACAUGAGUAUGAAUUUUCCAAUAACUUCAGUUGGUCAGGAUGCCAUGUGUUUAUCUAAUUCUGGAAGUGAUGCUUCUGAAAAGCCUCCUGCUAAUUUGGAUCUUAUGUCUAGGAAGAGAUUUCAUUGUAGGUCUGAUGAAAGUGACCAUGUUCCUCCUGCCAAAAAACAUUCACUCACUUUAAGAGAUGAUUGUCAAGAAUAUACCUCUGAGGUAUGUUCAAAGGAAUUAAUAAAUGUUUUUGAGGAAACAGGGAAGUCUUACAAGGGACAAAAUAUCUUCCCUACUUCAAAAAGCACACAUACAACACCAGAACCUCAGAAAGAGCAACUUGAAGCAACUUUUCAGAGUAUGGGAUCUAGACCUCUUGAUAAAAUAAUAGAUACACAUAUAGAAAAGAAUACACCUCAUUUACCUCAGGAUAAGGUGAUUGUGUCUGAUAAGGAAGAAGGAACUUGUGCAGCUUCUAAGUCUGAACAAGUGGAUAGCAUCACAUCAUCUUCAAAAACCCCACUAUCCAGACCUGGCAGAAGACCCCUGGGAUUUUUGUCUUUAAUAUGUUCAAAGAAUAGUUUGGAGUCUGAUGAACCUACUCAUGUUCAUAGAAAGAAACGCCUAAAACCCCUUAUACCUAUAUCAAGACAGAAUUUGAAAAGAUCCAAUCCACUUAGUGAAAGCCAGAAAAAAGUUCAAGAGUCCUCUAAUAUACAUCCAUCUCCAAGUGUUGUUAAUACUCAAUCUGAGAAUAUUGGCAGUUCAGCAACUCAGGUUUCUUGUGAUCGUUCCUUACCAAAAGAAGAAUGUAAAAGUGUCCAAAACCAGGCACUUGAAGAAGAGCCAACCACGGUCUCUGAAUAUUUCUUUAGUGAUAUUUUUAUUGAAGUGGAUAAAACAGAAUGAAAGUUGUUUUUAAGUCUAGGAUUUCCAGACUUAAAAAAGCAUCAUGUUUGUUUUUCUUUAUGCUGAUUUUGAGUAUUUAAUGAGCUUGAUUUGAAGUUUUCAUAAUCAGUGGGAAACAUUGUUAAGGUUCCUUCUAUUCUGACUGAUUCAGCAUUUUGGAAUUACCAAGCAAUUAAGACUGCUUUUUCAGACAGAAAUAGUACCUCUUGUUUACAUUUUGACUCUUCCUGUACUGAAAACACAUGGACAUUUUGGAAUGUUGUUCGCCGAUAAACGUCUGUAUAAAUCCCAGUGCUGAUGUAUUUGGAGGUGGGUUAUAUUUAACACUUAGCAAACUACUUUUGUGAAGGUCCUUUCUGUUUGGAUUUUUCUUUGGGUCAUUAGGCCUUUUCAGUUGCCUCUAAGUAUAUGACAGUCAAUUGUUAAAAACUUUUCUAUUAUCAGCUAUUUGACUGAAAAAUAUGUAUUUUUCUAAUUCAUGUUAACAUUAGUCCUAAUUGAAGAACUAGUAUUUAAACUUAUUAUUUAUAAAGAUGAAACAUCAAAAAGCUUAUUUAUUUUUAAAAAUUUUAUUUAAAAGGAUAUUCAGUUUUAAUUAUUUUCACCCUUCAGAAUAUGGGUAAAGAAGGCAUUAACAAUUUGUCUCCUUUCCCUCAUUAAUUUUAAAGAUAUUUAAAGUGAUAUAACAAAGUAUUUGGAUAGUGUAUAUGUUUUGAAUACAUUUUUUCUCAUAGUUUUAGUAUAUUGACUUUGUACUGUGAAUGUUUUGUUUGUCUUAUUUCUUGGAUAAUCUCAGGAUUUGUAUGGAAAAGAAAAUACCUUACCUUCAUUUAUGAGGCAAAUUUCCAUACAAAAGUCAAUCUCCUUUACACACACACACUCACACACACACAUUCCUUUUUAAAGAAAAAUAAUUUAAUAGUUUCCCCCCCAUUAAAUUCUGCUUAAGGAAUAUUUAGGCCUUUAAGUACAGAACAUAAUUGUGAUAUUAAAAACAGAAAAUAAGACUAUUAAGUCAGUGAUUAUCAAUAUGAACUUGAGUUGUUUUCAAUUUUGUGAUUUACAUAUGUAAUUCUAUUAUUCACCCAAGUAAAUCUUCAGUGUAGUUCAAUUAAGCUUCUCAAAAAGCAGAUUUACCCUGAGUUGAUAAAAAAUUAGUCAGGAGUCAGAAACAUGUUUUCACAAAAUAGUUUUGAGUUUGUUUGGGCCAGAUGGCCUCUGUGGCAACUACUCAACUCUGCCAUUUCAGUUGAAAAUAGCCACAGACAAUACGUAAAUGAUGGACAUGGCUGGAUUGCGAUUUUAGUUUGACUCUCUGUGUGAGACAGUAAUUUUCUUACCUUAAGGUGCUGAUGUCUUUAGCUAUGAGAUAUUUUUGUCAUUGAAGUUAUAAGUUGUGCCUAACUAAAGUAUUGAUUGCGUUAUGGGAUGAUCAGUAUUUCAUGGGAAGAUAUUUUAAUGUCUAGAUAAUUGUGUUUGUAUAUUGAAAAAAAUGGAGGACAGUUUUCAAGUUCAUUAGUAAAAUAGGAUAUGGCUCAGGAGGAAGUAUAACAGUAAUCCUAAUUUAUUAAAACAAUUGAUAUUAGAGCAUUUCUUCAUUUUAUUAUAGUGAAAUUUAUAGUUUAACUUUUUUCAUAAAGGAGGAUCUGUAAAUAUGAGUGGAAAUUCUCUGUAGGUAUGCAUUUAUUUAUUUCAUGUGAUCACAAGAAUCAUGGUAAUAAAUCACAUUGCUAUUUUAAUGCCUUGUUUUUAUAAAUUUUUAAAAAUCUCAUUCUGAAAAGGUUUCUAUCAUUUGAUUAAUAUUAAUUUGGGUGUUAGGUUGCCACAAUCAAACUAUUACUUUAUCUCUUGUAUAACAUUUAUGUUUUAACUUUGUUAAUGUCUGUCUCUUGUUCAUCUGCAGUGAAUUAAUUUUAUGAAAGAUUUAACUUCUUACUGUAUAAAGAUUAAUUUUAUCUUUUGGGCAUUUAUUGUAAUAGAGAAUCAAGUCACCCAGCUAAAUUACCCUACUAUUAUAUCCUUAAAACUAAUCUUGGAGAAAGAGAACCUUAAUCAGUGUAUUUAUUUACCUUUUAAGGUGGAAAGGUGUGUUCAUACCUGUAUUUAAUCUAAUUCAUGUAAAGAUGAUGUCAGGAAGAAUUUGUAUUUUAUGAAUCUUAAAGGAGAUAUGAUUAUAAAGGUCUUUAUUUUUUCUUGAUUUUUUCCUCCUGAACACUUACAUCUUAGCAAAUGGUGAACAUGAUGGAUUAAAAGACUAAUUUGUUGGUAAAUGAUUGAGGCACAAAUAAAAAUAUAUCUACUGUUUACCACUAUAUUAGUUGAAAUAGAAGUGACCAUGUAUACAUACUAUCUUGCUUGAAGAGGUCUUUGACAAAAAAGCAAUAUCUGUCAUUUGUAAAUUUUCUUGUUUUAAAGAAAGCAAUUAUGUUCUACAGAUAUAAAUUAUGUAAAUAAAAGUUAUUUUAUAUUA